AUGAGAUUGACGUCUUCUACUUUGGGCUGGUUCCUUCUCGGCUCAAACCUCGUCUCUGCACAUGAUGCGAUCUUGAACCGUGCCGCGAAGAUCGUCACGGUCUACGUUCCCGCACCCACCUUCACCCCACCACCGUCCUACACCGCGGAACCGUCACUGAUCGACUCGGCACUAAACAGCACAAACGCUUUCCGUUCCCAGCACAAUGCCAACCCUCUCACCUGGAACACCUCUCUCGCCAACGCAGCCUCCUCCUGGGCCUCUAAAUGCCAGUGGAAACACUCCGGCGGCCCUACCGGCGAAAACCUCGCAAUCGGCUACCCAGACAUGACCACCGCAAUCGACGCAUGGGGCAACGAAAGAAGCAUGUACGACUUCAGCGGUCCGACCGGGUUUAGCAAAGAGACGGGCCAUUUCACCCAGCUGGUCUGGAAGGGCACAACGUCCAUGGGAUGCGCAGCGAUAGACUGCACCGACAGGAAUUCGCUCAAAGGCUUCAUGGUCGUCUGCGAGUAUUGGCCACCCGGGAACGUGGUCGGGCAGGGCAAUUCAUAUUUCCGCACCAAUGUGCAGGCGCAGGUUCAUUCCGAGGUGCGGCGGUCGUCGGGGUCGACAAACCAGGAAACCACGACGUUGACCAGCACCAUGGAGACCAGCACGGCGACAGUUGUUCAGGUCGUCACGAGCGCCGAAUAUAUGGCCACUCGUUCUCAGAGCACCGCGUUAGCAUUGGGCGAUGAAGCGGCGGCAGAUCAGCUUGAAGCAAAGGCGAUGGGUCAAUGGGCCAUAGGAGUUGCGGUUGCUGCGAUGAUUGUUGCGGGAGCGAUUGGAUGA